CGAGCAGUGCCACAGCGCGCGCCGACUGGCCCACGCGCACGCGAAUUUCGUUUUUUGCGAUAAACAUUCGCGCUAACAAGUCCUCGUUCUGAAACAAAAUCCUUUAAUAGUAAAAUACCGACGGCGGUUCUAUAAAUAACGCUCGCCGGUGGGCCAUUGUACCGUGACUCGGGAAAUCUGUGCAAAUUCGUCGUAAUCCUAAGAUACUGGAUUGUUAAGAGCUUUGAACUGAAUAUGGAGAGUUGAACGCUAGCUGAACGUGUCGGUGUUUAUCGAUAAACUGUAGUUCUUGAGUCACGUAUGCCAUUACCCAAGUCGCAGGUGGAUAUAAUAUAUGCCAGCAAACUUUGUUACCAAUAUUUAUGUUGAAUUACAUAAUGACAAUAUGUAAUAUGCAUUUCUGAGAACUGAAUGCAUGUGUUGAGAUACAGUGCCGUCUGUUCGAGUAGACUGAAAUAGUGUCGUGUCAUGUGCCUAUUAAGAUGAAGAUACAUUGUUUAUGCGGUCAGUUGAACAAUGUGUGCACAGUGCAUAACGCUAAUGAGGACUAACUAAAGAACUUUGAACUAACAGUGUUCGGAGACGAAAUCUUUACGUUACAUGUGUUAUUGAAGUGGACAAAAGUGUUAUUUGAAUAUGCAUCAUAACGGAAGGAUAGGCAGCUCAUCUGACAGAACGGAUUUAAGGGUGGCCGGUGCUGUAGACCUGGCGGAUCCGGCGAAUACCGCGCAGAUACUAUCGCACUUGCAGAACUCUGACAGAGCACGAUUCUCGGACACAAGUUGGCAGAUCCACAGGACGUGGACGCGUAAUGGCGAUCCGUUGCAAUUAUCUCCGUCUCCCUCGCGAGCCGCGGCGACCCCGCUGCCCGCUCAGCCCAUCACAGAAAACGUAGCUCUUCGCUCCGACCAAAAUGGCAUCUACGACACAAUCACGACGCGGGCCACGAGCGCGCCGACCACUCCAGCCGCCACGUCAUUUUCCAGGGAACAGGCGAGCGGUCCCCGGUCUGCCAGCUACCCGGGUGGAGUCGGUUCCAGGCUGGACCUGUGCUAUGUCGCCGAGCGUAUGCUGGCGCUACACCUGCCAGACCGCGACGCCCACGCCGAAGCACAGGCCGCGCACAUGCUCACCAACAAACAUGGAGAUCAUUUUAUGGUGUUUGAAGUAAGCGGUGGCGAUGUUAAUGGCGAAAGCAGAACCGCGCGCAGUGUAUUCGGGCGCGCGCGAUGCUUGGGCUGGCCGGGGGACCUCGCGCCGCCGCUAGAACGGCUGUGUGCUGCGUGCAAACACAUCGAGAACUGGCUGUCCGCGCAUCCGAAGAACGUUGCCAUUUUACUCGCAUGGGGCAACAGAGAACGUUUGGGAGUAUUGGUCGCUGCCUACAUGCACUACUCGGCGAUAUGUGGCGCGCCGGAACACGCGCUCGAUAGAUAUGCGAUGCGGAGAUACUUAGACGAUAGGGUCCCGAUAUUCCAACUGCCUUCUAAUAAACGAUACAUAGACACGUUCGCGGGUUUGCUCGCGGGUCAGAUCCGCGUGAACGCAGCUCCGUUGCAGUUGACGCACGUCAGUGUGGCGGGGUCUCUCGCCCACGCGCCGUCGACAGCACACGGCUCGCCCACCGUCGCCUUCCUCAAGAUCUAUGAGAACUUCGUCUGCGUGUACACGUCAGGUUUAUACGUGGUGAACGGAGGCGGCUGGACGGUGGGCGUCGGCAGACUGGCGCUCCGCGGCGACGUGCUCGUGCGCGCGUACCGCCGGCCCGCGCACCACACCGCCACGCAGCGACAUCUAGUGUUCGCGUGCCAGUUCCACACCUGCGCCGUCGCCGACCACACGCUCUCCUUCACCAAGCAGCAGCUCGACCAUGCCGCACAUGACCCAUCGUUCCCGAGCGACGGCGCGGUGGAGCUGGUGUUCGCGCGCGGCGAGGGCGGCGGCGGCGCGGCGCCCGCCCCCACCCCGGCGGCGCCCCUCCGCGCCGCGCCCGACGGACUCGCGCGAGCCGACUCGCUCGAGCACCUGCGGCCGCUGUCCACACUCACUGACGAUGACCCAGGUGAAAACAACGGGAGCGCUGGCUCUGGAUCAGGCGGCGAGGCCGGAGAGAGUGCAGAAGGUACUCAUACGUUUGGCCCCUUAGACGGCUCGAUUUACGCGACAGUAGUGCGAGCGAGCGGCGGUGAGCCCGCGUCGCCUCUGAGCGCAUCCAUGGACUCGGGCAUAUCGUCGGCGGGCCGGCGCGCCGCCCCCAGUCCGCCCGACGAGCUGGACACGCUGUUGGGCGACAUGUUGCGCACGGUGAGCGCGCUGCCCGACCCGCCGCCGGCGCCGACCACGCCGCAGCCGCAGUCGCUCGCCGACCGAGGGACUGACAUCCCGUAUCACGCGCGCGCUGACUCCACUCCUUUCACGUACGGCGCGCCCGGCCUGCGCCCCGGCAUGUUGCGCGCCUCCAACCGCCUCGCCAGCCCCGAGCUGGUGCGGCGCGCCCUCGGCGACCGCUCCUACCAGCCCAUCGAGGAUGAUGACGACGAGCGCACCGUCACCCCCAAGCCCUCGCCGCGCACCCUCUCACCUCGCACCCCCCGCAACUUCGCGCACGAGGAUGUCACAUCUACCACCACCACCACUACACUACCACCGGCUACGUCACCCGUUCGUAAUGGAAGAUGUUUGAAUGGGGAAACAGAAUGGGCGGUGAGGCCUCCGAGCAGUGCAAGGAAGGCCAUACAAGAGACCGAGUCAUGGCGGUCUCACAGCACGCUCGGCUGGCACGAGACCACCAGGUCGAGGGAGCCGCGACGCUCCGAAGGAAGCAUUGAAGCCAAUUCUGGACUUACUUGGUUGCAAAGACAACAACAGAGAUUAAGAGAAAAGAAAGAGGCCAGGGAAAGAGUCGCUCGACUACCGCUCGAGUGGGAUACUGCAACUUCCCGACAUGUGCGAAGAUCGGCGAGUCAUCGUGUGGACGGGUACACGAGCGACACGACAGCGUUCGCCGAUGACGACGAAGAUUUCACGGUGCCGUUGCAUGUGAACACGCGCACUCCUCUCAGAAAUGAUAGCAUCAGUCCACAGGCUCCGGACAGGACCUCAUCUAGAAAAUUCAUGUAUGAAAAGAUGACGAUGCGCGAAUGGAGUAACAACACCACGCCGACGAAUACUCCCGCGCCUGGUCUGCUGUCCCUCGCCGAGCCGCUCAACAACGGAACCAUCGACCGGAUCGACAGUUGGUCCCGCGUGGAGUCCCGUGCGGAGUCCCGCGCGGAGUCCCGUGCGGAGUCCCGUGCGGAGUCCCGCGCGGGCACGCCUGCGUUCCCGACACACCCGCGCACCCCGUACCCGCCGACGCCCACUCCCUCGCUCAGCUCGCGGCCGCCGCGCUCGCCUACAGUUACCAGAAAAGAGCGCGAGGGUAGUCCGGAAUCCGAGUACCGCACGUACAACGGCAGCAGCGGGUCGCGGCGGUCGAGCGUGUCGGGCGCGAGCGCGGGCGCGGGCGCGGGGGCGGGCGCGGCGCCGCUCGCCGCCGAGCCGCACCACGUCGCCCCCGACAGGGUGCGGUUCGCGCGCGACACCAGCCACUACUGGUACAAGCCUAACAUCUCCAGAGAUGACGCGGUGGCAGCUCUCCAACAGCUUGAAGAAGGGGCGUUCAUAGUGCGCGACUCCAAUUCAUUCCCUGGCGCGUUCGGGCUGGCAGUACGUGCUGGCGGUAUAGGCGGCGUGCGGCACUUCCUCAUCGAGCCGACGGCCCGCGGCGUGCGCUUGCGCGGCUGUCCCGACGAGCCCGUGUUCAGCUCGCUCUCCGCGCUCGUCUACCAACACACCGUCACGCCGCUCGCGCUGCCCGUGCCGCUGACACUUCCAGAUAGAGACCCAUGGGCGGGCAGCAACACGCACGCGGCGGCGCGCGCGCUGCUGGCGACGGGCGCGGCGUGCCACGUGCUGUUCCUCGGCGCCGAGAACACCGAGGCGCUCACCGGGCCCGCCGCCGUCAAGCGCGCCGUCACCAACAUACUGGCCAAGAAGGCUCCAGCAUACGUGGUGCACUUCAAAGUGUUCGGCGGCGGCAUCACGCUGACGGACGCGGCGCGCAAGCUGUUCUUCCGGCGCCACUACGCCGCCGCGGCCGUGUCGCACGCCGGCAUCGACCCCGACGAGCGCCGCUACACACACGUCGAUAAUGGCGCGCAGACCGACAAGCGGAUCUUCGCGUUCGUGGCGCGGUCUCCGUCGGGCGCCGACAACCAGUGCCACGUGUUCGCGGAGCUCGAGCCCGAGCAGCCCGCCACCGCCAUCGUCAACUUCGUCAACAAGGCGCUUCUAGGAAACAUGCAGAAACGGGACAUCAUAUAAAGUGUUUCGCCGACGACGAACAGCAAUGUUGGGAAUACUCACGAUGUGUAUGACACGAAACUGAACCACGUGGCGUCUUGUAAUAUAUUAAUAUAUAAUCGUCUAUUGUCUAAAUAUAUUACCUAAACAUUAACUUGUGCUUGUAAUUGUUUUAGAAACAUUUCAAAGAUUUACUUUCCAUUACGCUUUAGUUUCACCAAGUACAAUUAACAGUUGAUCGUGUUAUCGAAAUUAAUACAUAAUAUAUAAAUAACGUUUAGUUUAGGCAAAGAACUAACUAGUCUCAUAUUAAUGUUAUACACAAGUAGUGAUAUUAUUUGUGCCUAAUAAGGGAUAAGAAGAGACGUAGAACUUCACCCCACCCUCGGUGUAAAAGUAAAUGUUAAAGUGAAAUUAACAGUUAAUAGGAAUUUAACUAAUGUCAAACAUGUUUAAGCAACUUUUUAAUGUGUUAACAAUACAACGAAAUUAAUAUACAGUACAACGUUAUGCAAUAUUUAGCUGGAUAUGUUAUCUGUUCACAAAUCAAUAGAGAAAUUGUUCAUAACAUAAGGGGUUAAUAGGUCUAGAAACUUCUCAGCCGGAAACGGUGCGUUCCCAGUUCAAGGAAAAUGUAUCAUGUAACAUUUUACUAUAACAAAUAGCUGUUGUAAAAUGUAUUUAUUAUAAUUUUACGUUCAAUAAAAUUAUAGUGUUUUGUA